CUCUAUCCGGGCAGGGGGUAGGGCAUCGUUCCCAACACCUUCCUCGCCAUCAUCCCCCUCCUCCUCCUCCUCCUCCCGGGGCCGGCGGGCGGGGCCCCAGUGCGCCCAGCGCGGGGCAACAACUCACAGGGCGCCAGGACCGGACCGCCCCCGGCUCCCCCGGGGUGGGGGCGGAGCGCAGCGCUCAGCACAGCGUGGCAGCACCAGCAGCGGCCCCCCCGCUCCUCUAGCAACCGAUUGGAGCCAAAGCGACGGGAUUCUCCCCCUUCCGAGCCCGCCCGCGGCUCCCCGGGAGGAUAGCACAGCCCCUCCAGCGGGGCAGCCUGGAAGCCAGCUAUGAAGACCUACAGUCUGUUUCUCCUACUCCUGUGGAGUGCCAAGGCUGCCAAAAUUGUCAUCGUGCCGCCUAUCAUGUUUGAGAGCCAUAUGUACAUUUUCAUGACUCUAGCUUCGGCCUUGCAUGAGAGAGGCCAUCAGACGGUGUUCCUCCUCUCCGAGGGCCGUAACAUCCCUGCCUCGAGUCACUACCGAAUCCAACGCUAUCCAGGAAUCUUUAACAGCACCACCUCAGAUGCGUUUCUCCAGUCCAAAAUGCGGAACAUUUUCUCCGGGAGCUUGACGGUCCUGGAGCUGUUUGACAUUUUGGACCACUAUUCCAAGAACUGUGAUGUGAUGGUGGGGAACCAGGCCUUGAUGCAGAGCCUGAAGAAGGAGAAGUUUGACCUGCUGCUGGUGGAUCCCAAUGAGAUGUGUGGGUUUGUCAUAGCUCAUCUUUUAGGGGUCAAGUAUGCUGUCUUUUCGACCGGCCUUUGGUAUCCGGCUGAGGUGGGGGCUCCUGCUCCCUUGUCCUAUGUUCCUGAAUUUAACUCACUCCUAACAGACCACAUGAACUUGCUCGAGAGGAUAAAAAACACCGGCGUUUACCUCUUUUCCCGAUUGAUGGUCAGGUUUGUGGCUCUUCCAAAGUACGAGAGGAUAGUGCAGAAAUACAGCCUGCAGCCAGAGAGGUCUAUGUACGACUUGGUGCACAGCUCCAGCCUGUGGAUGCUCUGUACUGAUGUAGCCCUGGAGUUUCCGAGACCCACGCUGCCUAAUGUCGUGUACGUGGGAGGAAUCCUAACCAGACCAGCCAGCCAACUGCCAGAAGAUCUCCAAAGAUGGGUAAAUGGUGCUAAUGAACGCGGCUUCAUCCUGGUCUCUUUUGGAGCCGGAGUGAAGUAUCUGGCGGAUGAUAUUGCAACCAAGCUAGCAGGGGCGUUGGCGAGGCUGCCUCAGAAGGUGAUUUGGAGGUUUUCUGGAAUCAAGCCAAGGAAUCUAGGAAACAACACAAAACUCAUAGAAUGGUUACCACAAAAUGAUCUUCUUGGGCACUCCAAUAUUAAAGCUUUCCUUAGCCAUGGUGGCUUGAACAGUAUUUUUGAAACAAUGUACCAUAGUGUGCCUGUAGUGGGAAUUCCACUCUUUGGAGAUCAUUACGAUACUAUGACUCGAGUUCAGGCCAAAGGCAUGGGGAUAUUACUUGAGUGGAAGACCUUUUCAGAAAGAGACUUGUACGAAGCCCUCAUGAAAGUGAUUAAUGAUCCCAGCUACAGGCUCCGGGCGCAGAAGCUGUCUGAAAUUCACAAGGAUCAGCCUGGUCACCCCGUCAAUCGGACCGUCUAUUGGAUCGAAUACAUUCUCCGGCACAAUGGGGCCCACCAUCUCCAGGCCGCUGUUUACCGUAUUUCUUUCUAUCAGUACUUUUUACUGGAUGUUGCCUUUGUUCUGUGUGUCGGUGCUGCCUUACUCUACUUCCUAAUGUCCUGGAGCGUGAGAUUUAUCUACAGACAAAGCAAACAUCUCUGGGCUAGCAGGGAGCACAGUGCUGUAAAUGGACAUUACCACAAUGGGAUUCCAAAUGGCAAAUUCAAAAGAAAUGGCCGCAUUAAACAUGAAAAGAAGGUGAAAUGAGCCAGCUGUCCUCACCUGAUAUAAACAAGAGCUGAUCAAGAAAUUGAAUUUUAUUGUUGUAACUUGGAUCUAACAACUACUUAAAGUAAAAACUCAGUAAACAGUUCUAACAUUCCCCUAUAUAAUCUUACGGGAUCAAGAUGUCUUAAAAACGGAAAAAAAAGCACAAGCUUAAAAUGCAAAAAUGUGUUUUAUUCCUAAUGGUGAUGCAGAGAGUAAUUUUGGCACCAAUUUUUAGAAGUCUAAAUUCUUUACAUCAGUUUAUGACCUAGUGGUUCUUAGUUUUAAAAUCUGAAUGCAUGUGUCCCAGGGCACAAACGUUACUUUUUGUUCAGUAAGGUGUUUUUUAUACAUCUUUUGGUUAAGAGGAUUUUAGUUAGCUGCAGUUGCAUGAUAAAUUAGUUGGAGGUCCAUCACUUAAGAAUGAAAGUUCUGUUUUCUGCUGGACUUGUCAACCGGUGUUUAAUGUGUUUAGAUUCAGGAUGCUCUGCAGAGGACAUUUUCUCUUAAAAAAAAAAAAAAAAAAAGAAAAAGAAAAAAAAAAGCCAAACAAAAUCCCCAAAAAACUGAGUUGUAAAGAAGAAAUCAGUUUUUUUAAAGCCCCAUUUUUUCUCUUAAGAGACUGUAUGCACUCUUUUGGUCUCUGCUAUUGAGAAAAUGAAAUUAAAUUUGUCCACAAGAUUAGUCCACCUUUUUAAUGUACACAUUUUACUUCCCCAACCCCCUUUCCUUUCUUCUUCCACUGGCAGCAUUUUAUAGGAUUUUAAAAAUUAUUUCAACAAGUAGUGGGGCUGGGUUGAAAAAACAUUAUUAAUAAGAAGAAAGUGUCUCUAGAGACACAGUCCUUCCACUAAAGAAUGACUGGCCCCGUAGAACUAAGCCACAUAGGUUUGGGGGUCAUCAGAACUUGUUUCAUGGAUUUCCUGUCUUAUGUUGUUUACCUAAAUGUUACAGAUGUUCUCUUUCAACAGUUCUAUCCUGAAAAAAAAAAUGCAGUAUCUUCUACGAUCCUUCUCUGGUCUGGGCCACACAAACCCGGUUGCCAACACAGAAUUCUCUCAAAGUGGAAUAGCAACAGUUCAUUAUUCCUUGAUGGUGAGAGGUUUGAGAUCAGUCAGGACCUCAGACCAAGGGUAACAUCUGUAAAGAUCAUAGAGUGUAUAUGUUUCCCUUCACCACGGGUCCCCCAUUCCUUCUCUCCCUACCUGCCCCAGUAGCCAUCUCUUUCAAUCAUUGUGGCUGACAUGGGACACUGACAGUAUUGCUUUGGAAGUGGAGAAUGCAGGACGUGAGACCCUAACAAAAUCAGGACCAUCCUUCUGUUGGCAUCUCUGAGUUUUAUUUCCUUGUCAUUCUGUUUACCUGGAAUUUGCACUACACAUGUUGAGUGUAUGCUUUAUUUAUUUGUCGUUUGAAAUCCCAUGUCUGGCAGUGGAGGGAAGAAAAACCAACCCUUUAUCUAGUGUUGUUCACUAACACGGGAAGCAUUGUGCAAAAUUAUGAGGUGCUUAAAAUCCUCCUCAUACACAGUGAUGUAAUAUUUCAUUGCUAGCCCACCAGGAGCCACUUUUUUGUAGUAAUAAUUGAUGUCACAAAUAGGUGUCUAAUGUACAGUGCAGACAGAUGUACUGCUUUCUGAAUACUUGAACAAACGGAACUCUAAGCCUAUAAGUUAUACCUUUUUACAAUCUUAUACGAUGUGGCAAGCUAGGGACCCUGAGUACAGGCAAUGAAAGGUGUGGCAGUAACAAGACUUAGUGUAUGAAUGAGUUGGUUUUACUGUUCUUGGUUUAGAAGAAAGUUGGUAGCAAAAGCACUGAUCAAAUGAUUAAGCCUAAGUUAAUCUCCACUGUGAUAAAAACUUAAACAAUAAACAUGGAUUUAAUAGAGAAA